AUGAAAAGCGCUCCAUUAAAAUGGAUUGUGGAAACGGAUGACAUCAUAAGUCGUCUUCAGGAAGUUUUCUCAAUACUAUCAUAUCCGUUUUGCAAUAGCUUUAGUAUCAGUAAACAGCAUAACCUGAUAAUGAAAGGUUGCACAAAUGAAGAUCAAGAAGAUGGUAGCAUGAAAAGACGAACAUUUGAUAUACGAUUAUAUUGGGCACGUAAUGAGAAAGUUACAGGCGAAGCAUAUUAUUGCAAAGGAAGCGAUUAUUGCAAUACAGUCUUAUCCGACGUGCAAAAUAAAGGUUUGAUAUCCACUUCAAAGCUAGACAAAGAGAUAAAUGAUACAUAUUGA